CCUCCUCCUCCUCUUCCUCCUCCUCUUCCUCCUCCUGGUCUUCAGCACUGCUCCCCGCUGGACAGCUCCUGCUUGGACACCUCUAACGCUGCAUGGUCCCUUUAAGUCUUUUAAUGGAAGUAAAAUCUAUUUAUGUUUCAAGAAAUAUUGGGAGUUUACAACUUCGCCCACAGGAGGAAUCUACGGAUACCUCGUUUCGGGAUUUGUGGCAGGCAGCGUAUCCUCGGCGGCACAGAUCACAGAUUCAUUGUUAACGGCGACUGACGAGCCGUGUGAGCACAGGCUUCAUCUCCAGACAUUUGGUCCAAGGGUUAGGUCUAAAAACCGCGAAGCUGCUGUCUACGUGGACUGGUGCUGAAGCCUCCCGUCCGACUGCCAGGACCUCUGCCAAAUCCAGAGACAUGGCGACGAACGGCACCAAAACGGAUGGACAAGUCACAGAACUGAACGAGGUGGCCACUAAUAAUGACAAACCCAAGUCAUUGGACGUGAAACCCGAAAAGCAGAAAAAGGAGUUGCCUGAUAGAGAAACAUGGGCGGGAAAAUUUGAUUUCCUCCUGUCGUGUGUGGGUUAUGCAAUUGGACUGGGAAACGUGUGGAGAUUUCCCUAUCUGUGUGGAAAAAACGGUGGAGGAGCCUUCUUGAUCCCCUAUUUUUUGACCCUCAUAUUUGCUGGGGUCCCCUUGUUCCUACUGGAAUGCUCCCUUGGUCAAUACACCUCAAUUGGAGGGCUUGGUGUGUGGAAACUGGCUCCUAUGUUUAAAGGUGUGGGCCUUGCAGCAGCUGUCCUGUCCUUCUGGCUUAAUAUUUACUACAUUGUAAUCAUUUCUUGGGCCAUUUACUACCUGUACAACUCCUUCACCACUGAUCUUCCUUGGAGCUCAUGUAACAAUCCAUGGAACACAGAGAAAUGUUAUACAAACUACUCCAUUCCAGACACCACCAAUCUCACCAGUGCAGUGGUGGAGUUUUGGGAGCGCAACGUGCAUGAAAUGACUGAUGGCUUGGAAAAACCAGGCCAGCUUCGAGUGCCACUGGCAAUAACACUGGCCAUCGCCUGGGUCCUUGUGUACUUCUGUAUCUGGAAAGGGGUUAGCUGGACAGGGAAGGUCGUUUACUUCUCAGCCACGUAUCCCUACUUCAUGCUGUUUAUUCUCUUCAUCCGUGGGGUGACUCUACCUGGAGCUAGAGAGGGAAUUCUGUUCUAUAUCACCCCUAACUUUGAAAAGCUCAAAGAAUCUGAGGUAUGGCUGGAUGCAGCUACCCAGAUCUUUUUUUCCUAUGGAUUGGGAUUGGGGUCACUUAUAGCUCUAGGCAGCUACAACCCUUUCAACAAUAAUGUUUACAGAGACUCUGUCAUUGUGUGCUGCAUCAACUCAUGUACCAGCAUGUUUGCUGGCUUUGUAAUCUUCUCCAUUGUUGGCUUCAUGGCACAUGUGACAAAGAAAGACAUUGCCGACGUAGCAGCUUCAGGUCCUGGCUUAGCUUUUCUGGCCUACCCGGAGGCUGUAACCCAGUUGCCUGUGUCUCCUCUCUGGGCCAUUCUGUUCUUCUCCAUGCUGCUCAUGCUGGGGAUAGACAGCCAGUUCUGCACUGUUGAAGGCUUCAUCACUGCUCUGGUGGAUGAGUUUCCCAGAGCUCUUAGGGGUAGACGAGAGAUCUUCAUCGCUGUUGUCUGUCUGGUGUCCUAUGUGAUCGGACUUUCAAACAUCACACAGGGUGGAAUCUAUGUAUUUAAACUGUUUGACUACUACUCUGCCAGUGGAAUGUGUCUGCUGUUCUUGGUCUUCUUUGAAUGCAUCUCCAUAUCCUGGUGCUACGGUGUGAACAAGUUCUACGACAACAUCCAGGAGAUGAUUGGUUACAAGCCGUGUAUAUGGUGGAAGAUGUGCUGGGUCGUGUUCACCCCUCUCAUUGUCGCUGGGGUGUUCUUGUUCAGCGCCGUACAAAUGGUUCCUCUCACAAUGGGAGACUAUGUGUUCCCAGGCUGGGGUCAGGGAGUGGGCUGGCUCAUGGCGCUGUCCUCCAUGGUUCUCAUACCAGGAUACAUGAUCUACAUGUACCUUGGGCUCAAGGGGACUUACAAAGAGCGACUUCGGAUAAUGCUUCAGCCUCCUGCGGUUACAAGGCGACGCCAGGAGAACGGACCUGAGCAGCAAGCGGAAACCAACACCGCCAACCUGUCCAGCCCCGCCAAUCCAGCCAACCCCGCCAGCCCCAUUAACCCGGCUCCCGCCAACCCCGCCAGCCCCACCAAUCCUGCUCCAGUCAACUCCACCAGCCCCGUGACCCCUGCUAACCCGGCCCCUCCGCCAGCUAACCCGGCCGCCGCCACCAGCCCGGUAAACCCGGCGACAAGUCCCGCCACCACCGUCACCAUCACCACCACCACCACGGCCAGUCCGGCUAACCCCAGCACCACCACAACUGUCAGUCCGAUCAGCCCACCGCCCAACCCGACCAGCCCAACAGAGCCGGUUAACCCCCCGAACCCUACAAGCCCGACCUCUAACCUGACCAAUGCUGAGGCCAACGUGUAGACAACAAAGAAACCCUCAUGGAGCAUGUAGACAAAAAGAGAACAUUACAAAGGACUUCCAAGAUUUUAAUUGAUUCACCUACCUCCAGGGGCAAUAUGUGAUCAAAACAGAUUUUCAAACCAUGUUUCAGUUUUCUGCAUUUGUAAAACCAAGCCAAUGAUGUCUUAUUGUUGGUUUGCAUUCUGAAAAACAAUAUCAAAGACUGUUAGUGUUCACCAAUACAACCGUAAUUCUGAAGAAAAAAAAUGUAAACAUACUGUGUAAUACUGUGAGAAAAGAAAAAAAACUUAGAGAUAUAGAUUAGAGAUUUGUUGAAUAUCUUCAUGAAUCAAGUAAAUACCGUGUGAAUAUAGUAGAUGAAGUAGUGAACAAAAUUGACAUCAUUGAAGAGUGCAAGGGAUGGCGUCAAUUUUAUUGUGGAUGUUUACUAAACCUCACACAGUUGUCUCUUUUCCAAACGUUGCUCUCUGUGAGGUAAACUACGGGCCACAAGGCGAAACCGGGAGCUCUGAGUAAGCACAAUGCCAAUAAGAAGUUCAUGUUUAGGAGCUCUGGAGCAAUCCAGUAUGUGUCGCAAAAGAUUUUGUGUGUGUGAGAGAGACUGUUAUUUUUCCUUCCUUUUUUUUCAGUAAAAAAAAAGAAAAAGAGAAAACUUUUAUGUGAUCAAAACAUUUUUAGAAUUAUUUUUAGGAUGUUUUAUACUAUAUGUGUUGUGAUGGAGGACCAAAAUCAAUAGGCAGACAAAAGCAAAAACUAUGCCAUUUAAGUAUUUGGUUGGCAAAGCACAGGGUACAAAGAAGUACAAAAAAAGCAACAAAAAAAAAGCACAGGGUUAGAAAAAUGAUUUACAAACGUCGACUAUCCCGUAAUGCUGACAGUCAGUCCUGUUUACGUUUUGCAUGCUUUCCUCAGGAACAUCAGUGAAAAAAAUCUGAAAUGUCUCCUGACAAAAGAAGAAGAUGAUGAUGUUGAUGACGAUGAAGAAGAAGAACAGAGACGGCCUUAAGCCAAUACACCAAUUUCAACGAAGCCAUAGUCUGUUUACAUGACUGGGCAGAACUACAAAAUACCACUUUGUAUGCUAGCACAAAAAACCUGGACCAACUCUGUGUUUAAGUACAGUCAUGAUUCUUUCUUUAUGUGUCAUGAUCAAUUAUAGUUUGAUCAAUAUGUAUUCAGCAAUACAUAUGUAGAUGUAUAAGUGCAGGCCAGUAAGCAAGUGGUCUGUUUCUCUUUUUGUUUAUGUUGUCUUUGCUUUACUAGUGAAAAGCACAAAAGCUUUAAUUUCCCCAGACUUUUGCCAUGGCGUGUUAGGACAAUGUUAGUUUGCUUCUAUGGCAGCUACUGUGAAAGGCAUCUGGUCGAACAGAACAUGUUUACCUUGAAAAGCAAAACAACUGAGCGAAAAUGUGAAAUGGCUACAGUUCAUGUCCUGUGAAUUUUGUAUAAAGUUACUCUACCACAAUUUUCUCUGGAACUUUGUUGUAAAACUGUACUGUGUAAAACAUGUAACUGUGAAUGUCUGUAAUACAUUGGAAGUUAUUGUCUAAAUGUUGAAAAAAAUGGAGUUGCUGUUUUCUGCAAUAAUAUUUUGAUCACAGAAGCUAAAGCACAUAUCUUACAGAAAUAUAUGAAAUGAUGAUGACAAUGAAGAUACUGACGGUUAUAUUAAAAAUAGAAACUAUGUCUAGUAAAACAAUAUUGUUUUGUAUAUUUUUAACUGUCUCACUGCCUAAUGUAAAACAUAAUAUAAACAUGAUAUGUAUCUAAAUGGUGUCAAAUGAUAAAGCACGAUUGUUAUGUUAUACAAACAGAAAAAGACUGAAAAAAUAAAGAGUUAUAGAAAAUAUAAAUACAAUACACGCCUGGCAUAUGUCCCUUAUAGCAUGUGUGUUUAAAGUAGCAGCCCCGUGAUUUUCGACAGUGUUCCCAGAAAAUUAGGUCAACCCCAACUACCCUAUCAAAACAUGUAUGCUGCUCUGAAUCCCCCUGCAGUAAUUGGCUGUUGUUCUUUCUCUUGUAAAUAAACCCCGUCCAUGGAGUAUUUCUAGUCAAUAGAUUUUAAAAAAGAAAAAAAGUGAGACCAAUAAAAUUACAAAGAGGGAUUAGGUGGAGGAACAUACAAAGAGUUGAAUAGCUGGAUUCAUUUUUGUGUGUGUGUGUGUUUAUUUUAGAAUGAGGCCAGGUGGGACGUGUAAAAUGGAAUAAAACCUUUUCCUCAGUAGUUUUUCGGGUGAAGACGGCAUCCAGCUUAGCUCUACCAUGGGGGUAAAAAUAAAUAAUCAUUACGGUAGAAAAAAAAGAAUAAAAAAAUAAAAAUAGGCAUCACAAGUGUCUGAA